AUGGUCACAUAUGGCUUAGGAUCGUCCACGUCGCCUAUUAUCAUUGACGACUCGGAUGACGAAUCGGCGGAUGCUCGGCUCGUUGCCCAGCAGCUUCAGCCGACGAGCACGGCAACAUCGCCCUCACCUCCGGGCUCUGCCCGCAUGGUCGAGGUUCCAAGCUCUGAAACGAACGAUGAUGAGCAUAUCAUCGUCAGCGAUGACUCCCCAGAAGAGCUGUCCGAAACGAUCAGAGAAGGCAAGGGGUACAAUAUUUUGCUUCGAAUGGGAUACCGGCCUGGUCAAGGAUUGGGACCUCACUUAGAGGGAUUGACUCGUCCUAUCACAACUUCCUUGAAGCGUAAGUGGUAUCAGGCGGGUUUAGGCACGGUCGAACCACCGAAGGCAAGAACGGUGACGAGGUCGUCCGCGGUUCUGGCGAAUACUGAGACCGACCCGAGGCAGGAGACCCGAAAUGAAAGGCCUGUUCUCGCAGAAAUGCAACAGAAUCCAAAGGUCCAAAUUCUAGAGGCUCCUCCACACAGGGAAACGCAAGCCACUCCGUUAAGGCUCGCGAUUCAAGAAUACAAGCCACGAACUAAGCGACAGCUUUCUCCCCUUUCUGAGCGUGCUCAUCAAUCCCCAAGAUCUCGCGGUUUCCCUUCAGGCACUGUUGCAGCCCCCCUCAGCUCCAACUACCAAUCGCUUCACCAGCUUUCCCAAACCCAACUUUCUUCUUUCCAGCCUCAUAGCACCGCUUUUGGGAACCUCGACUGGCCUAGCAUGGGGGGCGCUUUGUUCUCAUCGCAGUUUCCGCACCAUUCGCCAGACACCUCUACUAUGGCAAGCAUAAGUCCUGGUGUGGUCACCCCUCACGCGCUUGCGCCAUUCCCCGUACCAUCAUCUCUUAAUCCCCAACAAGCACUUUCGGAGCCCGCCAAGGAAGAGCCUAUUGUCAGGAAGCCAUUUCCUCUUCCAUCGAAGCCUUCAUUCUCUCCUCAGCUCUCUAUCUCCAGCGCAAAUUCCAAGGCCGAAAAAGCUUCCAACACUAAGGGGAAUCCCCCUACUACGUCGCUUGUUGAAGUCAAGCUCCCUUUUCGCAUCCCUUACGCGCCGCUCGACCACCGCAUCCUUGGCAUGCCUCCUGAUCAUAAACUUCCGUGUCCCAGGGGAACUUUUCCCACAGAGGAUCUUUCCCCGUUGCCAGAACUUGAUCGUACACUUGUUAUGGAGACUGUACCACGCAAAUUCCGUUCUGUCGAGUUCAUUCGCGAAUGGUUGGCGUCAUUAGACAGCCCUCCUACACGCCGUAUCGAACUCGCGCAUACGAAGGCGCUGAUCGAGUUCAAGACUCAGGAGGCUGCACAUCGUGCGUUUGAGAGCCGUCGCAUGGCUGGACUUGAGGGACUGGGAGGUGUUCGUGUUUGGUUUUAUCGUCCCCCAACAAAGGAAUUGGAACCGGGUGAAGUGGUGGAAACCUCAGAUGUCACGCAGGGUUCAAAGAAAUCAAAGAAGAAGAAAGUAAAGGGGCCACCCGCCGCUGCCGUUGUUCCACUCCCAGUCUUGGUUUCAGAAGCCACUAGGACGUCCCCAGAAGUGCCACCGGAACGAUUCAAUCCGUCUACAAGCAAGAAUCAUAUACCCUUGGUUGCGCCGCUUAAUACCUUUGUGCCACCGCUACUCCCACUGCCGCCACCACCGCCGCUGUAUACAUCUCGCUUUGGUCCGCCCAUGGCUGUCGACUCGUGUGCUGUGUCUCGGGGGGUCUCUUCCGAUGUUGCCAUUACUGUACCUCCUAUGAUCGAGCCCCCACCUCUGCCUCCGAGUAUUCUUCCCAUACAACGUCGCGCGGUUUAUGAUUCUGACGAGGACAUGGACAUAGAGUCAAGCCCACCAGCUUCCCAACGUCCUUCUCCUAUCAAACUCCUUCGCAAUACACUUCCAGAUCUAAUCGCAUCACCGCCUGCUGCGGCGCCUCCGGAUACCAUUUUAGAUCAUGUCACUCAUGAUGUUCCUUGUCAGUAUAAGGAGUCGAUCACCACAUCAGCACCUCCGACUCCACCCAAACUGGUCAAUCAAAUUCUUACACCUUCAAUCCCUGUGAUAUCAUCUCGCCCAACCUCUUCGUCGCCCACGCCUUCAUCCUCUGAUAUCACGGGGUCCAUUGUUGAACCAGCCACAUCUGUUGCUAAGGAUCAGCUGCUCGCGCGACAAAAAGAAUCGGAGGAAAGCAUCGCCAGUGCGAAAGCGGAAAUAUAUAAUUCAAAGGCGAGAAUUAGCUCCGUAUCCCCAUUGCCGAAACCUAGCGCAACCACAGCAUCUGAAAGCUCUCUGGAACUCGGGAAAGAAGCGUCUUUGCGUCGCAUGGUGCUACUUAGCAAGAGGAAAAGGCGACCUGAGCUUCAGCCGGAUGUGGUAUCUGAUCCCAAUGCUCUCCUAGAGCCUGUAACACAAGGAAACUUUGGGCCAUCGUCAGCGAUAGCCACAUCUACAAACUUCAGCACAGUCGUAAAUCUCACCGCUGCCGCCACCCCUGCUGCUCUACGGGACCUCGCCGACUCCUUCAUCAACGACGCCAUACAUAGCAUUCGACCGCCUCCUCCAAAACGUUUCAAAAAGAUGCCCGAGAAGUCCGACCUGGCUGCUCGUCAGAGGGAGCUCGAAAUUCACAUCGAGGAGACGAAGAAGUUGAUGGCUCGGUUGCAAACGGCGAAGACCAGGCAAGAGAAAGAUGUCAUACUGACAUCGUUGAGGGAGCGAAACCGCUUGAUAGAGGAGACCAAAUCAAGAUCGACCACUCCCGGCGAGCACCCACCCCCAAACCAUGCAGCCAAACUGAUAUAUCCACAAAGUGGAACGACUCCGAAGGCGAUGACGAUGACGACGACAGCAGCUAGAGAAUUCCAGUGCAAGAUUGAGGUAUGUAUUUUAUCAUCAAUAUCACAAAUUAUAUGUUCGGUAGAUGGGACGUUCCGGAACACAAUGUCUAUCAUACCAUUGGGCUACAGCUACCAUCUGGGAGUCCAUUCACAUUUUUCUGUAUUAGGGGCACCUAAUAUCCUAUGUUCUUGCCAGGGUUGCAUUUUUUCUCUUUUUGCACUCGCCAAAGUAUCCUAUCUUAUAUUGUUCACCUGGUGGCCUCUGCAAUAUCAUCUCAUUCCUUCAUCAAUCCCUUUGCUAGUGUUACACUGGGGUGAUGGAAUCAAACGAGAUGUGCUUGAUCCCUGUACAUCUUUUGUUGCAACGGAAGUUUGGUUUCCAUUGCAAUGUGACGAUUUAAUACGAUCAUGCACAUGA